AUGGAGGCUCACCUAAAGGCAAAUGAUAUCUGGGAAGCUAUUGAGGAAGACUACGAAGUUCUUCCUUUACCAGCCAAUCCAACUAUGGCUCAGAUUAAAAAUCAAAAGGAGAGGAAAGCUAGAAAGUCAAAGGCAAAGGCUAACUUGUUUGUUGUUGUUUCACAAGACAUUUUUACCAAAAUCAUGACAAUCAAAUCAGUAUUUGAAGUCAGGAAUUUCCUCAAGGAUGAAUAUGAAGGAGAUGAAAAGAUCAAGGGAAUGCAAGCCAUGAAUCUGAUUAGAGAAUUUGAGAUGCAAAAAAUGAAGGAGUCUGAAAUAAUCAAGGAGUAUGCAAACAAACUUCUUAGCAUUGCUAACAAGGUGAGGUUGCUAGGUUUUGAAUUUUCUGAUUCAAGAAUAGUUCAGAAAAUACUGGUGACUACCCCUAAAAAUUUUGAAGCUUCUAUUGCUUCAUUGGAAAAUACUAAGGAUCUGCCAAAGAUUACAUUGGCAGAACUUGUAAGUACUAUGCAGUCCCAAGAGCAGCGGAGGUUGAUGAAAUAA